UGCUUGCAAUGAAUUCUAUUACCCCUCCUCAGAAUAGUAUAUUUAAAUGUAAAAAUCAACAUGGAUAAAUUUCAAAAGAAAUCAUGUAUAGGGAAAUACAAUUAUCAUAUAUUUUUUUUAAUUCCUGCACUCUUCAAUGCAAUUUCAUCUCCUCACUUAGUAAAUGACCCAACCAAAGCAUUCCAAUUUGCACAAAAGGCCACAGAACCUUGAUAUCUAGCACACUGAGUGUUCUCAUCAUUUAAUAAUUGCUUUUUUUUUUUUUUUUUUUUUUUUUUUUUUUGUGCAGACAACCAAAAGAACUCUCAAAGCAUGGCCAACUUCAGUAUGGUGACAGGAUUUCUGUUGAUGGGCUUUUCUGACAUCUGGGAGCUGCAGGUCUUAUACAGCAUGCUCUUCUUAGUGAUCUACUUGGUGGCUCUGAUGGGAAACCUGCUCAUUUUCAUCCUCAUCUCCCUUGAUGAACAUCUCCAAUCCCCCAUGUACUUCUUCCUGAAGAACUUGUCCUUUAUAGAUCUUUGCUUUAUUUCUACCACACUCCCGAAAUCUAUCACAAACUCUCUGAGCCAUAGUCAUUCCAUUUCUUUCACAGAGUGUGUAUUACAGUUCUUUUUUGUAAUUUUCUUUGCAGUAUCAGAGCUUUUUCUCCUCACAAUGAUGUCCUAUGACCGGUAUGUGGCCAUCUGCCAGCCCCUGCACUAUGAAGUCAUCAUGAUUAGAGAGACUUGUAUGAAGAUGGCAAUUGUUUCCUGGCUUGGUGGAGGUUUCUUUGGGAUUCUGUAUUCAUCUACUACAUUUACUUUGCCUUUCUGUAGGUCCAAGGAGAUCCACCAGUUUUUCUGUGACUUACCUUCAUUACUUAGACUCUCCUGCUCUGAUAUACAUAUUGGAAUAGAUGUGAGUUUGGCUAUUGGGAUUGCUUUAGGAUUUCUGUGCUUUAUUUCCAUAGCUGUUUCUUAUGGUCCCAUAUUCUCAACUGUGCUGAAAAUUCCAACAAUAGAUGGUAGGUCAAAAGCCUUCUCCACUUGCCUUCCCCACCUCAUUGUUCUCAUGGUUUAUAUUGCAACAAGUGGCACUGCUUAUCUAAAACCACCCCAGGAAUCUGAAUCUGUUCUAGAUCUGUUGAUUUCCAUAUUCUAUACAGUGGUGCCCCCUAUCCUGAACCCUGUCAUCUAUAGUCUGAGAAACAAGGACAUCAAGAUUUCUCUGAGGAAAUUAAUAGUCCAAAAAUAUCUCUCAUAGGGAUCAACA